AUGAUACCCGAGGGUGGUUUAAUAUGUUUUGCUUGUUGGGUACAUACUCGGCGUACAAUACAACAACAAGGAAUCAUAGCAGCUCCUGCUGUUAUGAAUAUGAAUGCAUGUGUAUGGUGCCGACGGUCUCUUGCCCAAACACGCAGCCACUCCAUACCUGAAGGACCUGAACGGACCAUAAUAACACAAACGAUAUAUCCAAGAGAGAUUCCACCAGGAGGACUGGUUUGCUAUGCUUGUUGGGUAGCAGCACGUAGAAAUGUGGAGCAUGCUACAAGGGUUGAGGAUAACCGGCAAGGCCCAUCUAAUCUUCACCAAGACUCUAUGUGUGCAUGGUGUAGAAUGUCGCUACACCGAAGGCGAACACAUGUGGCUAGUGGUCCUGUGAGAGAUGAAGUUGCAGCAAGAAUUUACCCCAAUGAGUUACCAGAACAUGCGCUACUUUGUUCCAACUGCUGGACACGUGCACACGAAAAUAUAGAAAUGGAGCAAGAAGUUGUGCAAUUUGAUAUCCAGCCACCAAGUGCAUCAAUAACACUUGAUGGUUUUACACACACAACACAGACAAGUACUCAUUGUUUUGUGCCGGCCUGUAACAAUGUAGAACGAAAUAGAGUGCCGGAAUACUUAAGAAGAAUUAUAUUAAAAUCGGAAAAAAUAUUUGUGACAGAAAAUGCAAGAGUAUGUAAUGAACAUAAAUGUUUAUACAACUGGGAGUUUCUGGACCAGCAUCAGUUCUCAAAUACAUUUACAAAAAAUGAAAUAGAGUCAAUGCUGAAGCUGAGUAUCCAGGACAAUGAAAUAAAUCAACUAGAUUUUAAUAAUAUGAGUAGUAUUGAUGAGGGACUCUUUAAGUUCUGGACUGGAAUUACAAAAGACAAUUUUAUAAAUAUUUUAAAUGUAAUAAGCCCAGCAUUGACUUGCAAAAACCAAAAAAUUGCUUUGGGAAUCUAUUUGGUGAAAGCUCGUACAGGGGACUCCCAUGAAAGGAUUGCCUCUCUGUUUCAUCUGACCAAGUCCUCAAUAACACGAUUGCUUAGAGUAGCUAAAGAGGCAUUGCUAAGAAUCAAAACAUGUAUAUUAGAGAAAAACGAAAGAGGUUUAAUAGACUUAUUAAUCCGUGGAUUUAACCCAAAUAUUGAAGGUGGAUGGCCAAUAAGACUAGCAGCUCGGCAUGGGUUAUAUUCUAUUGUCAAAUUGCUAAUACAAUAUGGAGCUAAUCCGCAUCUUAUAAGUGAAGCUGGUAAAACUUUAGAGGAACUAGCGAAAGGCUAUAAGUUGCAAAAUAUUCUACACUCAUCGAGAAUACAGAGUAAUAUCAACGAUCUUUCAUCUUUUUCUUCGCCAGGCAGUACAGGACAAAACAUUGCGGUAUAA